AGUACUUCAGCAGGCAGUAUUUCUCUGGCUGCGCACGUGGGGGGAGAGAGUAGUACUUGCAGCUGUAGUAGCACGCGCGCGCACCGCCCGGUUUUGCGAGUACUUUCGUACUGUUAUGUCUCGAGCCCAAUGCUGUCAGCAGUGGCACGUUUCAGUCAUUUUUCUGAGCCAUCGCGCGGAAGAGGAAACAUUUUGUAAGCCAAAAGACCUGCUGAGAAUGAGUCCUGCAUAACUUCGGGUAUUGUUAUCUACCCCCUCCUUUCUCUCAUUUUCCCCUGUCCCGCGCUCUCCAAGUUGAGGCAUUGUACAUAAGUAUGGUAGAUAAGGGGCCCUUGUUGACUUCUGCCAUUAUUUUUUACCUGUCCAUUGGGGCAGCAAUUUUUCAAGUCCUGGAGGAGCCUAAUUGGAAGCUGGCUGCAAAGCAGUAUAGUGCCCAGAAGGUUAAAAUACUUAAGGAUUACCCCUGUCUGACGGAAGAUGAUUUGAACAGAAUAUUAGAGGUGGUGUCUGAUGCUGCAGGCCAAGGGGUCACCAUAACUGGCAAUAAGACCUUCAACAACUGGAACUGGCCAAAUGCUGUUAUCUUUGCCGCCACGGUUAUCACUACUAUCGGAUAUGGGAACAUUGCCCCCAAAACGUCAGCAGGCCGUGUAUUUUGUAUCUUCUAUGGGCUGUUUGGUGUGCCUUUGUGUCUUACCUGGAUCAGUGAGCUUGGAAAGUUCUUUGGUGGCAGAGCCAAACACCUGGGCCAGUAUCUAACCAAGAAAGGAUUUUCACUCAGAAAGGCUCAGUUUACUUGCACAGCUAUUUUUCUCCUUUGGGGUGUGCUGGUCCAUUUAGUACUCCCACCUUUUGUAUUUAUGUCCCAGGAGGGUUGGACAUACAUCGAAGGCUUGUACUUCUCAUUUGUCACCUUGACCACAAUUGGCUUUGGGGACCUGGUAGCAGGUGUGGAACCAAAUAAAGAAUACCCAACUCUGUACCGUUACUUUGUGGAAGUAUGGAUUUAUCUGGGGUUGGCCUGGCUUUCUUUGUUCUUUAACUGGAAAGUACGGAUGGUGAUUGAAGCUCACAAGGCACUGAAGAAACGCCGUAAGCUGCGCAAGCUCUCUCUUGAUGAGCUCCGGCACUACAAAGAAUCUCACAAGGCUUCACUUCGUUUGCCACCCACUCCUAAUGAUGUGAACAUCUUCAGUUUCCUGUCCAAAAAGCAGGAAGGCUACAAUGACUUGAUAAAGCAGAUUGGCACCAAAAAAGCUGACAGAAGCACUGGCAGCACUGGCAACACCAUCAGUAAAGCCAACGAAAUUGGUCGUUCCAAAAGUUGCAAUGAUGCUCCAAUGUUUAAUACGCAUACCAUCCUCAGUCUGGACCGUUCACCACGCCAAAAGAGACGCUAUAGUUUUAGUGACCGCGUCACAGUUGCAUUUUCAAAAUCCAAGAACUACCUCCUGGGCUCAGACAAUGGUUUGCUGCUAACAGAAGAUCAGGUAGAGGGUGACCUAGAACUAGACCAGGACCAAAUUUAUGAGAACCAACUUGACAAGGACGUUGACCUUGAGAAUGGAGUGCAGGACUGUGGACCAGGUGGUCGAAGGACAUGGGAUUCUAAGGAGUACCAUCCUCUAACAUUCCAAAAUGCAAACAUUACUUUUAUUGAUGAGGAAAACUUCCUCAGCAGUAACUUGGAAGAGGAGGAUGACGACGACGAUGAUGAUUCUAAAGCAAAACUAUCAAUUACUACAUGUGAUGAAAACAUUGAGACAAACUCCAAAGAGGAGCAGAGUUCGGAAUCUGGGUCUGUGUUCACUAGUGACUGUUCAGAACACAGCCACUCUUAUGAGAAACUUGUAGAGGAAUAUGCAAAGGAAGAAAAUACUGACUCUUGAGUUAUUAUGCAGUGUGCAACUAUGUUUGGUCAGCACACCUUCCUGGUUGUUGACUUGUUGGCAUUGAAGUGUAUAUAUUCUAAUGUGAACCAUUUGAAAGGAUAUCAGAUGUCCAAUGUGAACCAUUUGAAAGGACAUCAGAUGUCCAAUUGCAGUUUGGUGGUCUGAUAGUCAGACUGCAAAGCCAAGAUCAAAUUUCAAAUCAGUGUUUUCUUGAAAAUACACACCUUUUCAACAGGUUUUAAGAGUUUAGCUUCUUAUGAACAUAUGAUCUCCAACAAUUUAAUGAACAUGGACUACAGAGCAUGACAUGUAACCCCAUGAGUAUUUAACAUCUGCUCUAUUUCUGCCUUUUACCUGGUUUGAGAAACUAUAUAACACAUUUUAUUAAAAUGUGCACAUUUUGUUCUGCACAUUUUCCAUGAGUACUUUUUUCAACUCAUAGGCUGAUAAGAAAUUAUAUGUGGAAAUGUAUUUGAUUUCACAUCGUUUCUUUAUGCAUAUUCACCAUAUUGGUGUUUUUAAUAGUAUUUAUUAAAAUGAAGGACAUGGUAGCUUUUUAUUUUAAAAAAUCCCACCAAAUGAGGACAGUUCACAGUCCACUCCAUUGCAGAUUGUCUUUUUAAAACCUGAGCCAAACAUUUGUCCUUGAAGAAAAUGUUAAUAAAGAAAGGGUUAUGGGCCAAUUACCUUAUUUUUUUCUUUGGUAUUUCAUGUUUAUUUUAUGAAGUCCUUGAUAACUUGGUGUGUCUGAGAUUGCUGUUUAUUUUGACUGUAUGGGACAGAAUUGUGACUGCACUAGAGGUCAUCAGUAAUGUAUAGACAACAUUUGAGUCCUAGAACCAACUGAGAGCAAACCUAGAGUAGAAAAGCAUUAAUUUAUAGGAUUUAUAGCAAAAUCUGAAUAUCCUGCCAAAGUUACGGUUUAAACUGAUUUUUUUGUUGUUGUUGUGCCACCCCCACCCCACCCCUUUUUUUUUUGGACUGCUGUAAAAGUCAGCUUUGCAAAUGAUCCUCCCAUUGUGACAUGUAGACGCCUCUUAGAAUACACUCAACACAUAUUUUGCAGUUGUGUUUUGCUGAUGGCAGCAUGUCAGAUGUCAAAUAUGUGGCUUCUGAGCCCUCUACCAUGGCAGUGCAUAAUGGGAAUGAAACUUUCACAGCAACAAUCUCUCACUUUCUGUCUCUUUAGCACCCUUUCAUUUCAUUGUAUUUGCCAUGUAAAUGUUGGCUGAUGGCCCAUCAGUAGCCUACAAACGCAGCUCUGCUCAGGACAUGGCCUUGCUGGUUUUGUUUGCCUUUAGGGGCUCACACUGACUUGAAUGACUGAAGUACCGCCUAUAACAGGCAGCCAAGGUUAACUUGUAAGAGAUCAAUGCUCUCCUGACGUAUGUCCUCGUCAUGAGACAAAGUCAGCAGUCUUGGUGCUCUCAAUUAUUGUAUAGUAAUUCCCUUUUGUUUCAUGUGAACACAGCUGUACUCUUGAGGGACCAAAAUAUAAUGUCCAUUGCUUUUCAGUCUUUUGUAAGAGCCCUUAGCUAUCCUGCUAACCCACUGCCUUUUGCACAUGUUAACUUGCACACAAAAACUUUUAACAGUGUUACUUUGAAUGGUAAAAUGGCAGUGAUGCAGUGUCAUUUGGGGAUACUAUGAAUUUCAAACCAGUCUCCUCAUGCCAUAUUCAGUAAAGUUGGAUAAUAUACUCUAGAUAUAUAUAUAUAUAUAUGUAGUUUUUUGUUAACACAUGGGCCACACCAUGCUAACUUCUAACUUUCCCUUAAGGAUGACUGCUAUGAAGUGAAAAUGUCCUAAAUCCAUUGCAAAGCAGAUGAUAUACAGUACAAUGUAACAUCUGUUGAAUGCCUCACUGAAAAGGUGUAAUCUUUCACUCUGGGUGUUUUACUUUCUCUUCUCCCACUCUUUUGUAUUUCAUCACAAGGCCAUCACUUUUGUGUAUUCCAAUCCUCUUUCUCAUUUUCACUGGUUUUUAUGGAUGUCUUAGUGCAGCAUUGUUCUGCAGCCAUGGUACUUGUCUGGACUGAAUUUCAAGCAUGUCCUUAGAUCAUUAACAAAGAACAGGUUAGGUUGGUUUAACCCAUUGUCCCUAGUUUUCUUUUUAAUGUUGCUCCAUUGUGUAAAAACUCCAGUUUAGUUGUUAUAGUUGUCUUUUUUAUGAUUAAAUUAUUCAUGUUUGUCAAAGUUUGUAUAUGAAUUUCAAACAAAACUGUAUAUUUCGUGUAAAAUAAACAUUUAAUAAAACUUG